CGUAGUGACAUAUCUCGCACCUCGCUCACAUAUCCCUAUUAGCUCCAAUCUCGAUCGGUUACUGCUGCCAUGGCUUCCGCUGGUGCUCUCGGCAACAGGAUGGCUGCCAUCUGCGUGCUGGUCCUGACCGUGGGCCAGCUGAUGGCAGCUGCCGACGCGUCGGCGGCGCCGCUCCUCCCGCGGCGGCUGCUGCUCGCGGCGGAGCACGGGCGCUCAGCCUCCCUGUCCCUGGACUGCAUCUGCAGCCAUAUUACUCCGACGUGCUGCGUCCCUGAUGCCGCCGCCGUCGAGGUGACAGAUCCAGCCUCCGAGGACUGCAUCUGCAGCCAUAUUACUCCCACGUGUUGCGUUCCUGAUGCCGCCGUCGGAGCGAGAAACUAAAAUCUUGGCCAUCCUUCGCGUUGAUUUACUGCAUGAGCUCAAUCCAUAUAUAUCGAUCUCUACUGCAUGGUGGCUUUAUUUGGUUCCCAUUUCCCAGUAUGUAUUGUCGUUUGGGUCUUCUUGUUGUAGCCACCGUAUAUAUGUUGUUUCCAAGUGUAUGUACUGUACUUGUUUUCAGUAAAUAAACAAGCAAGAAUCUCCUGCUCUUUUGCCUGCGGUCA